AUGUCUCCUCUUAAGCCUUCCACUGUGGACAGUGGGUUCAUCUUGGUUCCACCCGCUCUAGAGAAUCCUUUCACAUCGGAUGAGUCGUACCAACGCGUUCUCGAGUGGUAUCUCCCGCCAGAUAUCCUUGAAAUCGUUAAACCCCGUCUCACCAUUUUUGCGGAGGAGGCUAUCUCACAAGAGAUCCAUGAAUUGAUAUCGAACGCGGAGUCGCAGCAGCCAUACGUUAAGACUCACAAUGUAUGGGGUGCCCGUUACCCUUAUGAUCGAUUGGUGACAAGCUAUGGGUGGAGUGAACUGGGAAAAUGGGGGUCAAAGAAUGGUGUUAUAGCAAUUGGGUACGAGGAGGAGUUCGAACAAUACCGAAGGCUCGUUCAACAUGCGUUUAACUACACCUUUUCUGCCUCUUCUGCGGUAUUCUCCUGCCCUGUUUCGAUGACCAGCGGAGCGGCGCGACUCGUAUCCAAGCAGCUAAGCUCCGUGGCAGCUGACCACCCACUUCACGAGAUCUAUCGUCUUCUCACUGCUCGACAAGGGAAUUGGAUUUCGUCUCAAUGGAUGACUGAGAGACCAGGUGGCAGCGAUGUACAGAACUCGGAAACUAUCGCUGUGCACUCACCGCUGCCUGAAAAGACAGGGCGCUAUGGGAAUAUCGAAGAGGGAGACUAUCUUAUAUCUGGAUUCAAAUUCUUUUCGUCGGCUACUGACUGCAACAUGGCUCUUAUUCUAGCCAAAACAGAAUCCGGCCAACUCAGUCUCUUCGUUGCGCCAACCAGAAAGGCGGUGCUUGUCAAUGGCCAAAAACAGCAGGUGUCCAACGGCAUUCGAAUCCAUCGCCUCAAAAACAAGAUGGGCACCAAAGAACUUCCGACAGCAGAAUUAGAACUCAACAACGUAAGAGCCCAUCUUAUUGGACCCCUGGAUCGCGGAGUCGCCACCAUCGCACUUCUUUUGAAUGUAACCAGAACUCAUAACUUGAUUACCGCGUUGUCUUGCUGGCGUCGGGGCAUGGCUAUUGCGAAGAAUUUUGCCAAGGCUCGAACCACUAUUAAUCAGCCUUUGUGGACAUUUCCGAUGCACCUCCGCAUGCUGGCGAAGAUGGAGGUAAAGCACAGGGGUGCACUCCAACUCGCCUUCUUCACCACUGCGCUAUUAAGUUUCGCAGAUAACGGAUUUCCCCCAGAGUAUAUUCAACAAGCAGGCUAUGUGCCUCUACCAUCUCCAGGAGAACAGACAGAAAUCAUCCUAAGGACUCUGACUGCGACGGCUAAGGCUGUUAUUUGCAAGACAAGCACCUUGUCGCUGCAGGAAUGUCAGGAAGCUAUGGGCGGUGUCGGGUACAUGGAUGAGCCAGACGAGCCUGAAUACAAUAUCUCACGCCUCAUGCGUGACACAGCAGCCAACAUGACAUGGGAAGGUACCACAAAUGUAUUGAGCAGUGAGGUGGUCAGGCAUCUCUUAAACAAGAAUGGACAACAUCUAUCAACUUUCGGCGCUUGGAUAAUGCAAGCGAUCUCCCGAGUCAAGGAUUCUGAGCUGAGAAAUGGGCUGAAUCGCGCAUGGACUGAGUUCUUCAAGACACUCAACAGCAGGCAUAAUGACCUGGUCUCUGCUCUCGCCAUGGGACGGCAGGUAAUGUUCACCCUUGCAUGGAUUGUGGCGGGCACGCUGCUUGCACUCGACGCUGAAAGAGAUGCGAAUACUUCUGCCAUGGAGAUUGCGCGACGAUGGGUUCUAGAAGGUGAAGGAAAUAUAGGCGAUUUUCAUCUUCCGAAUGUUGUGAAAGUAUCGGAGCGUGUGCUGAUAAUUAGUGAUCAUGAUAAGAUCAACUGGGAUUGCCGUAUAGUCUGGGGUUUAAAUCUACCUAAAGAUGCCGCAAGAGGUUAUCGUGAACUAAGUAGCCCGAUAUAUAGGCCUAAACUAUAA